AUGAUUAAUAUACUGGCUUCUAUUGAAAGAAUUACAUAUCGUAUUUCUGGAGCAAAUUAUCUAACAUUUAGUAUAAUUUAUCUAUAUAUAAAAAUACUUAAGCAAUCUUUUGCACCAUGGCCAAAUCAAGAAGAAACAAAACAGUUAUAUCUUGAUUUAAUUUAUAGCAAAUUAUCUGAUAAUAGUACUGAUAAUAGUUCUAGCUUAAUCAGUGAUGAUGAUAAUAACCAAGUGGUGGGGCCUGUCAUUAAAAACUUGUCUGCAGUUAAUCCAAAUGGCUUGUUACAAAAAGUUUGUGUAGCUAUCUUUUUGUCUUUAGAUGAGCUUUGGGCUAUAUCUUCAGAUGUAGUAUUAAUUGCAUCUAUACUUGAUCCAUGGUUUAAAACUUUUCAAUAG